CGGACCCGCGCUUUCAUGAAGCUGUCCUAUAAUGGGGAAUAUGUAACUGAAGAAAGCUUUGAGAAAGUAUGACUGUAGACGUGAGCUGAGCACCAGGGGGCAAGUAGGAGAUAAGCAGGAAGUAGAACUUGCAUACGGGGUUUGGAACACUUCUUUAGAAGGAAGCUUUGAGAAAGUAUGACUGUAGACGUGAGCUGAGCACCAGGGGGCAAGUAGGAAAUAAGCAGGAAGUAGAACUUGCAUACGGGGUUUGGAACACUUCUUUACACAAAGAUUGUCAGGCCAGAAAGGUGUGGAACUGAAAACUCCCUAUGAAAGGAGCAAAAGAGGGUAUCCUGAGUGCCCCGCCACCAUCUUAUGAGUGCAAAUAGGAAAGUGAGCGUCUUACAGCCUUACAGUCUAACACAGUUCUGUGAGUGCCGGGUGAAAGCCCUGCUGGGCUGCAAGGCUAUGCGGUUCCAGUGCAGAAGGUGCUGAGAGUGCAACACUGCAUAGUCCUUACUCCAACUCUCUGAUGCCAGGACUAAGAUGACCUCCAUCUUGCGAAGUCCGCAGGCCCUCCAGCUCACGCUAGCCCUGAUCAAGCCUGAUGCAGUUGCCCAUCCGCUGAUCCUGGAGGCUGUUCACCAGCAGAUUCUGAGCAACAAGUUCCUCAUUGUACGAACGAGAGAACUGCAGUGGAAGCUGGAGGACUGCCGGAGGUUCUACCAAGAGCAUGAAGGGCGGUUUUUCUAUCAGCGGCUGGUGGAAUUCAUGACAAGUGGACCAAUCCGAGCCUACAUUCUUGCCCACAAAGAUGCCAUCCAGCUUUGGAGGACCCUGAUGGGACCCACCAGAGUAUUUCGAGCACGCCAUAUAGCCCCAGACUCAAUUCGUGGGAGUUUGGGCCUCACUGACACCCGAAAUACUACCCAUGGCUCAGACUCCGUGGUUUCCGCCAGCAGAGAGAUCGCAGCCUUCUUCCCUGACUUCAGUGAGCAGCGCUGGUAUGAGGAGGAGGAACCACAGCUGCGCUGUGGUCCCGUGCACUACAGUCCAGAGGAAGGCAUCCACUACACAGCAGAAACAGGAGGCCCCAAACCAGCCUAGUAAAGUCCUGUCAGCCCCGAGACAGUGGUCUGAAGGCACUGUCCCUGUUGGACCGCACCACGCGCUGGAAGGUCUAGCUGACCACAGCUCAGCUGCUGCAGUCUAGCUCUGUCUAUCUACCUCUUCUGUAGAGUAUUCAUGGGUGUUGAGGAAGGAUGGUGAUGCCUCUUAUUACAAAGAACUGUCCUCCUUCCUCAAGAAAGAGCCUGCCUCUUGACUAGUCGGGAAAAUGCAGUGCCUGUGUAACCAGCAUCCGACCUGACUUCCUUACUAAACUCUGUGCUGCCAAAUGUUCCAGGCUGGCAGUGUUCUUUUACAGGCUUUCUCUGCCCUUCCUUGGAGUCCUGGCAUCUGCCCUGAAUCCAGACUUCUGAUCCGUUCUAACUGACUCUCAGUGGGUUGAUUAGGUAGCACAUAAAUGCACUCAUUCACCAAGCUCAGUGUGGACUCAAACCAUGCUGUGUAUCUCAGCACAGGCUGUGUCCGAGGAGGAGGUUCCUCUGCGCCUCUGCCCAGUAAAGGUGUGUUUUAAUGAGGCUGGGUAAUAAGGCAAGAUUUCUGAUUUCCACAUAGGUAGUUAUGCCUCCAUUAUAUCAGCAGGACCGUUAAUGCUUUGUGGCAUUACGGCGAAUGUCAACGGUCUAAAACGCCGGAGAUUAUUCCCGGGUAUCUGUCAGCUGACUGUGCUUCUGUCGAGUUCACCAGGCUCACUUGAGCGGCUAUAGUCAUAGGGUGAGUUGAUUAUGGCCGGUCAUCGUGAGCUGAUCAAUACAUCGUGUUUCUGGUGCCCAAAGGGCAGGCCCAUAUUACAGAUGAGGAAGCUUUUGCUUAUUGUCUGAGUUAGAGGAUAAAGACUCUAGGAUGUGGUGGCCCAUGCCUUUAAUGUUAGCACUCAGAAGGUAAAGUAUUCCAAGCCAGCCUCUGAACACACAGAUAGAGGUUCUGCAAUGACAUUCAGCGCUAAAGCCUGAUGUCCAUAUCUUAGGUACAAAUCCACAACUAAAGCCAUCUACCAAGCAAUACAUCCAGGUAUGAGAUCUGAGAACACUGCUAAAAGCUAAGAUCUAGAUCUAACAUCAAACCCACUGAUCUAGACCAUCCCAUUUCAACAUGCACGUACAGCCCCAAGCCCAAAUUCCUAGUUGAUACUGCUCUUACAGGUCAAUAUCCCAAAGAUGUAACCUUACAACACGUGUGGCCUGAAUUGUACUCCCUACCCCAGUUUAUAAGCUGAAUUCCUGAUUCCAAAUAUUUCAGAAUGUGAGUCUAUGUGGAAGUAGUCAUUGCAGACAUAAUUAGUUAUGCACACACCCCCAGGAAAUAAAUAAAUAAAUGUAAUUUAAAGCUUGAGAUUAAGGCAAUUUAAAAAUACUCUUCAGAAUAAAUAUAUGAGGGCUGGAGAGAUGGCUUAGUGGUUAAGAGCACUGACUGCUCUUCUGAAGGUCCUGAGUUCAAAUCCCAGCACCCACAUGGUGGCUCACAACCAUCUGUAGUGAGAUCUGACACCCUCUUCUGGUGUCUCUGAAGACAGCUACAGUGUACUUACAUAUAACAAUAAAUAAAUCUUUAAAAAAAAAAGAAGAAGAAGAAAUAUAUGAGCAUAACAAUAAUACCACCACCAGAUGAAACAAGAUAAAAGGGAGACCGCAUCAGAUUGUCCAGUUAGAAGCAAAUUCAAAUGAUGGAUUUACAGGGGAAGAGACAAAGAAGGCAGGUUAGAACUCAGAUGGAAUCAGGAAUUCAAAUGAGGUAAAAGCUGCUCCAGAGAGACACAGCCAGAUACAGGGAGCAGAUCACAACUAUGGGAUUCAGGGUUAUGUCCAAUGAAGACACCUUGAAAAAGCUUUCUGACACUCUGAGGAUGAGACCCUUACUCAAAAACCGAGCUGUCAGUCCCAACACCCUUAUAGGAAGUUUUUUGGUUGGUACCAGACAGUAGGUGAUGGUUUGUGUCAGGUCUUUGUUGAAUUUUUCUGUUGGGGUGUGGUUGUCUUGACUUCCUCUUUUUCUGAACUUGCUGGGAUAUUCUUUUCUGUGACUUCCUAGAGGAAUUUCUGCAUGAAGUUCAGCUCUGGGAACUGGUGGUUCCUGGUGUUGACUAUGGGAGGUUACAGAAAUGGUCCCUUCUUGGCUGUAUGCCAAUAGGACCACAGGUAGGGCUGGACACUUGCCCCAAGGCUACCAGAUGGAAUCAAAACCUUGGUCACCCAUGGAUUCUAUGAGCCUUCUGGAAACAGGAUACCAAGCUUCAGACCCAGGGAAGUGUGGAGGCUGAGCUUGGAGCCACAGACCUAAAGUAACCUCUGAGACCACUCCAGUCUUACAAUGGCCAAGGGGACUUGAGGACCGUAACCUCAUACCCUUAAUGCCCUUAGAGACCUCUGCUUUGGCCCUUAGAGGCCAAAGCUGCAGUUUCUCCAGUUGGCACACUGAAGCAGUAGCUCAGGUCCUGCACUGACCUCUAAGGCCACUCACUGCAGUCCUGAUGGCAGGGUGCUGUUUGGUGAUACAGAAGCCAGAGGACUGGCCUUCCUCUUUCCCUUUGGUCCCACAGAACUGAUGCCCACAGUGUCCUCUGGCACCCACACACAUGCUAUAGUGUGCAAGUGUGAGCAGCCUUGCUGACAACACACACGAGAACUGAAAAGCAACCUAUAAAAAAGAAAAAGAAUAUGAGGGGUUGCAGCUGACAAGAUGGCUCAGAGGUUAGGACCACUGAGUGCUCUUCCAGAUGACCUGGAUUUGAUUCUCAGCACCCACAUAGCAGCUCACAACAGUCACCCCCCAGUCUCGGGAUCUGACGCCCUCUUCUGACCACAGGUACAAGUAUGGUGCACAGGCAUACAGGAAGACAAAACACCCAUAUAUAUAAAAUAAAAUUUAAAAUGUUUAAAGUACAUUGAUGGAAUUGGUCAUGGUGGCACCUUUAAUCUCAGUUCUGGGGAAGAAGAGGCAGGAGAAUUUCUUGUGAAUUCAAAGCCAGCUGUGUCUGCAUAGUGAGACUCUUUUUCAAAAUAAAAACAACAAAACCCUCAGGAGAGUGUGCAAAGAGCUGAUGACAAAAACAAAAAAAAACAAAAAAAAAAAAGCUGAUGACACCAGCCUUUGGAAACUAGGGACCUUUUUGACACACACACACACACACACACACACACACACACACAUAUGUAUACAUAUAUGUAUAUACAUACGUGUGUAUGUAUGUAUAUAUAUAUAUGUAUGUAUGUAUGCAUAUAUGUAUGGUUGGUUGGUUUCCUUUAGUUUUUUUGAGAUAAUGUUUCUCUGUAUAGCCUGACUUUCCUGGAACUUGCUCUGUAGACUAGGCUGGCCUUUAACUCAGGCAUGCGCCUGCCUCUGCCUCUCUGGUGCUGGGACUAAAAGUGUGCACCACCACCAACGUUCCUAAAAACAUUUUACCUGACAGUCAUACAAAUGUUAAGUCAAACAUAGGUAAGCAAUAAAUGGAUGUUUAAGGACUGGUUUUGUUUUUUUAAGACAGGGUUUUUCUCUCUGUAUCCCUGGCUGUCCCGGUACUCACUCUAUAGACCAGGCUGGCCUUGAACCCAGAGAUCUACCUGCUUCUGACUUCCAAGUGCUGUGUGCCAUCACUACCCAGCUAAUAAAUCUUUUGUUUGGGUUUUGG